AUGAAUUACUGUCGCCGCCGUUAUAUUAUCAAUGUAAAGUCACUGUUGUCGCAUAUUGCUAUCAUCACUCUUGUCAUAUCAAUAUCAGUUACUGUUAUCAUUCUAUCACGUCAGUGCAUUAAAUCAUUGUUACCAUUACUAUCAUUUCCCCACAUCAAUACGUUGAACUAUUGUUAUCAUUGUUAUCACAUCAAUCCUACCAAUAUAUUAAAUCACUGUUAUUAUGUCCACCAUACUAACAUAUCAGUCGUAUCAACCAUAUCAGUACAUCGUACCAUUGUUAUCAUAUCAAACAGCUCGUUGGCAGCCAUGUCAAGUCGUUUCGGCUUUCACACAAAUCAUUUUGGAAUAUCGGAAGAAGAACUUGAUUAUGAUGAAAACGAUCCUUCCUGGUUCGAUACAUCACCAGGUGCAAAUAUCUUCUGUGGUAGAUAUGAGUCGGCGAAGCCAUUUGUUAAAAAACUACAUCAUCAGCAACGAGUAUUUCUGGAAGAAAAGUUAGAAGAACGGAGAGAGUUACGUCAAGCAAUACGUGAAAGAGUUUCGCAUGAUUUUGAUGAAAAGCUAAAACAACAUAUGGCGAAGUUUCAGCCAAAGCCUCGGGAACGACUAAUAUUGGAUUUAUUUCUUUCACAACAGAAGAAAGAACUAGAAGAAUCAUUCAGGGAAAGACUAAACGCAAAUCAUGAUCCUGAAUCAAAAUCCAAUCUUGGUGCAUUAAAAGAUUCCAGUACUUUCAUCUCACAUCAUUCAGUGUCUAAAUCUGCAGUACCAGUCGAAUCGACUUCUAUCAAGUCAAAAUCUUGGCUACCAACAGAAGCUUCUACCUUGGUCUAUUCCUCAAAAUCAACUGCUGUUAUCGAUAUAGGAACAUCAUACAUGUCCUCAACAUCAUCUUCAGUGACUGUUGCUAAUCUAGCACCAACUUUCAAUGCAAUUCCUGCAGUUGUUAAUCGAAUAAAUCCAAAGACCACUUCAUCAUUUCCUGCAUACGUUACUUCGGCAUGUGCAACACCGAAAAUUCAACAGCAAUCUUCAGCUUCAAGGAGUACUUCUUGGCCCUUGCAACAGAUUGUAGAGGAACAGCCUCAGUCAAACGAAGCAAGUACUAUUGUUGCGGCUAAACAAAAUGAAUCAAUAACGCAGUCUUUGUCAAAGGUAAAAUCUCUAACUGUAAGCAGCGGAACUUCUGAUGACUCAAAUACUAAAAGUCCGAAUCACUCUCAUCAAAUUUACGGAUAUGAGAUAGCUUUCGCAAGGGCUUUCAUGGCAAAUCUAGCUGAUGUACCAGAUUCUGUCAAAAAUGAAUUGAAAUGUACGAUAAAGGAAAAGAUUUCGAUAUCAACAAAGAAAUUUGCAAAACGAAAUGACAUUGCUCAAAUUGUUCGUUUCUUUAAUAAUUUGCUUAAUGGUUUAACAGUUUAUGGUUUUAAUGGCAAAAUAAUCAACUUAAAGGAUGACGGGUUGGCUCGUGAUUGGGCUAUGGUUCAUAUCAUUGACACGUAUCUGGAUCUUAUUCCACAGGAUAUAAGUCUGUUGAAAGUAGUGGCUGCUGUUCUGUCAUCGCUAACUUUAUCAUCAAUUGCUUUCUCGAAAUUACUCUAUGGCAAAUUGUUUAUUGCAUCGCCGCUUUUGGCAGUCAAUCAUAAUGAAUGCUUAAAGUGCAUUCUGGAUCUAAAAAAGCGUUCCGAAAGAUUUGCCGAAACGAUAGUAGCAUGGCAUUGUCGUGAAAUUGCUAUUAUAAAUUUAUUUAUUGCUUUGAAGAUGUCCAAUAUAAGUGUUGAUCUCCAAGCAACACCAGAAAGUAAUGGCUUAGGAUUAAUGUGGAAAAUGAUCGCUAUAACAAUUGCGGAUAGUUCUGCCUUCGGUGCUAUACUAGUAACAGAGAUUUUAAAGCAGCAUUGGAAUGUGAUGUAUAAAGUUUAUGGUAGACAAAUGGAGAAGCUAAUAAUUCUAAUUGACAAGUCAGUUCUACCGCAGUGGAGAGUUUCAAUCCAAAAAAUUGCACCGGACAGUUCGGAAAUGAAUAAAGCUGUCCAAAAUGUUACGGAAAACUAUUUGACAGCAUUAAAAUUUACUAUUGAUGAUUGUUUGUCAUCAUUUCGUUCAUAA